GUUCACAUGAACCUAAAAGAAAUUGGACCUAAAAAUGUGAUAAGGUCUCAUGUUAAACUCUCUUGGCCCAUUGGACUGGUCUUGGUACCAACAAAAUACAUAGAAGGGAAAUAACCCAGACCGGCAGGCUGCAGUGCUGCUGCUGCUUGAGAGAGAGAGAGAUGGCGUUGGUGUGGCUAGAAGCAAUGCUGCCGUUAGGGAUCAUUGCAGGGAUGCUCUGCGUUAUGGGCAAUGCUCAGUUUUACCUCCACAAAGCCGCACAUGGCCGGCCGAAGCAUAUCUGCAACGAUGUCUGGGACGUCGCCAUGGAAAGACGGGACAAGAAGCUCAUGGAGAACUUCGCUGCCUCCUCCAAUUAGAUUUAGACCACUGUCUUUCUGGAUACUUGCCAUGGAAUCAUAAGGAAUAAAGCGCUUCUCAGAUGAUUCGGCUUUUGCUGAUAAUAUGCUUUGGGGGCAUCUUCAAUGUUUAUUUUCUUAUUGUGUGUAUUUGUAUGAGCUUUUGAACCUUGUAAGGAUGGAAAAAAAGUCAUCAGCAAGUUUACUUGAGGAUCUUACGUUGUGAACUUGGUUUGGGUUCUUUCAGUUGUGCACUACCCUUUCUGUUUUAAUGUUCAAGCUAUUAGACUACCAUGAUAUUCUUUCUUUCUGCCAUUUUUAUUGGAGAAUAUGUCGGUGAACUCAUUUUGGCACCAUUUCUGUUCAUCUUGAUCUCUUAAGUCAUUUUUUUAAAUUGGAAACAAUGCACAAGAUAUAUUUUUAUGCAGAUUACUUGUCAGAGGGGAAAAAAGGAAUUUUCAUGCAGAGUUCUCAUCCAUAUUAGAAUGAUGUGGUGCCAUUGCAAGAUGCGGAGCUCUCCUCUUGAGAACGACUUGGAAAAGAUCAAUUUGGGUGGGUGCGGUUUGAGUUGGGCGACAUUAAUGUUGUUCGUUGACAGCAACCGGAGAUAAUGCCAUUGUUGGUAGAGUUGAUCUCUUUAGAGGAGUAGUGUCUCCCAAAGUACUGAAGAUUUAUCGUUGAACUUAAGAAGUUGCAUAUAGCAAGCAAUUAUUGGUUUGAGGACAUCAGUGUCAUAUGGUGCAAAACACACAGAUCCUGUGCCGUCAUCAUUCUUUCUAGCACAUUUUCGCCGGGAGUUUCAAGUACUUCUGCUGCUUGUUUACCCUGUAAU